AUGAAGAUAUUGACUAAAAAGAGAAACGCGCAUGUACUAAAGCGACUGAAGUUCAACGUUGAUUCACUUAAGAACGACUCGAAUAAGCUUGAACUUCAGCGGUGUCUCGCUAAUAAACUAGAACAGGAAUAUCCACCCAAAUUUAUGUUGAAUCACUGGAGUAGAUUUAAGGAUUCCAUAAUCAGCGCAUGUAAAGAAUCAGUUGGUCUGAAGAAAUACGAACAUCAAGAUUGGUUUGAUCAGAAUGAUGCAACUAUUCAAGAUCUUAUUCAAAAGGCCAGAAAAUAUCUGUUUGAACAUCUGAAUGACGCAAAGUCUGAAACAAAGAAGAAAAUACACUGCACGGCAAAAGCUCAGAUACAAAAUGCCACAAGGGAAAUGAAAAAUAAGUGGUUGACAGACAAAGCAAAUGAGCUCCAAUCCUUCUUUGACAGAAAUGACAUGAGAAGCCUUUUCAGUGGAAUGAAAACUAUAUUUGGGCCAAGUUCCCAAGGGCUAGCACCCUUACGUAGUCAAGACGGCACUCGACUCCUUAAAAACAAUAAUGAAAUCCUGUCUCGUUGGAAAGAACAUUUUGAAGAACUACUUAAUAGAGACCCUGUGAUAGACGAGGAUGUACUACAACAACUCCCUCAUCUCCCACUGGAUAUGACAUUUGCAGUGGUUACCAAACUUCUAGAGGAAGUGGAAGUUGGCUAUUCUUCUUCUAUGAAGAACAACAAAGCUGCGGGACCCGACAACAUUCCUGCCGAAAUAUAUAAAUAUGGAGGACCAACCUUACAUUGUCAACUUCACCAACUAAUUGAAAAAAUCUGGAUGCAUGAGGAAAUUCCAAAUGACCUCAUAGAUGGAAUUAUCAACACAAUGUAUAAGAAAAAAGGGGACCGAUCAGGUUGUGGAAAUUACAGAGGAAUUACCCUCCUGUCAGUAGCUGGAAAGGUCUUGGCAAGAAUUCUUACAACAAGACUAACACCUCUAGCUGAGAAGAUCCUACCCGAGUCUCAAUGUGGUUUCAGACCUGCUCGUGGUACAACUGACAUGGUUUUCUCGGCGAGGCAGUUGCAAGAAAAAUGUCGAGAACAACAAAAACCCCUUUACAUGGGAUUCAUUGACCUGACUAAAGCUUUUGACAGUGUCAAGCGUGAGCUGCUCUUGGAGAUACUAUCUAGAUAUGGAUGCCCACCAAAAUUCACAAAGAUCCUAAGGCUACUACAUGAUAAUGUGUCGGUGACUGUAAUGGCUAAUGGUAGCCUUAUGAACCUUUCAAAGUUAAGUCAGGCGUAA